AUGGCGAGCGAUCUGGCCUCCCCUCGUCCCUUCAUCACCCAGACGCCGGUUGUGCUGUCACCGCUUACACAGGGCAGCAGCGGGCGAGCGCCUUCGCCAGCACGUUCAACAGGGUCGACAGCAUCCCUCAGCCGCCCGCCACGCUCUCCUCUGCGGCCGAUACCCUCACCCGUAUUAGCUUCCUCGCCCCGAAGUGUCCUCUCGUCACCGUCGACCGCACACGCCGAAGUGCCUGCUCGACCUGCGCCACCCGUCCGCACAGGCUCGGGCAACUCCAUAGCAUCCCGACUAUCCCAAACGCACAUCUCGCCAGCCAUGCUCCCUUCGCAUCCUUCCCUUCUUCCCAAGAUGUACGACUCGACGGCCUCGACGACCGAGGACGACGAGGCGGACAGUGAGCGCGACUAUGAUGAGGAGACGAUGGCGUCGGAGGCGGGGAUCGCGCUCAUGCUGGAACGGCGGAAGAGGGAGGAAGCGCGCGCUGCUGGUCGACGGAGAAGUAGAGGCACGGCGGUCCGCGGGAAGGGCGCAAAGGGCAGUCCUGAAGGACGAGCAGUGUACGGUGGGGGCGCCGUUGGCUUGGGUUUCGCGUUGGCUGGCUUGGAAGAACCGAUGCCAGCCCAUGGGUCUGCAAGGCGCCGCUCUUCGACAGCUCCUCUCCCACCUUCCCUCUCAAAUUCCCCUCGCUUGCCGACCAGACAAUUUGCUGUUACGCACGAUGCAGCCAUCGUCUUCUCGGAAGAGACGGAGCCAGCACAUCGCAGAUCGCCGCGACAACGCCCUCGCGUCCACUUUGACCAGCCCUACCGGCCGCCGGGCCGCGACCGGUCUGGCAGCAACAGCAGUCACGUCGCUCUGCAGCCCGAGCAUAUCGUCUUCCCCGACGCUCUCCCUCAAGCUCCGCCAGCCUCUCAUACCCGUCCUCCGUCCAUCUCGUCGCGCCGCUCGUCUGCCGCCUCUGUUCCGACACUGGCGCAGAAGAAAGGUGCGAGUCCAGAGAUCCCGUACAAGGCGCCUGAAGCGCCUCGUUCGCCUCGAGCGCGCAGCCCUCGCCGGUCGACCGGGCCGAGCACGCUCAUGGGCGACGUGAUUGCCCAGCGACCCGCCUCGCGGCUGUACUUUCCAGCUGCUCCGCCCAAAGCCGUCUCCGUCCACUCGCAAGAGACGAGGUCGGCAACCCCUUCCGACGCAUCUCCCGUCUCGAUCGUCUUUCCCUCUCGCUCCCAGCUAAAACCUCCGCAUGCGACCCUUUCGCCUCGACUGCCAUCGUCGAAACUGUUCUUUCCUUCGCCUACGCCUUCGCAUGCGUCGAGCCCGGUCUUUCCGUCGCGCGCCUCCCAUCCUCCAGAGCGGGGUUCUCAGCCUUUCCCAGCGCGAAAGGCGGAGUCAUCCGACGCAUCCUCUCCAUUCUUAUCCUUAUCGCCAGCAUCGUCGCACUCUCGCGCCUUCUCUCCUCUUCCGACAAGCUCGCCUUUCCCUCCGCCUCCCGCCGACUCGCCUCAUGCUCGCUACAUCACGCACAGCCCUUCUUCUCCCGCCAUCUCAGUCCCCGUUGUCUCGGCCUUUCCAACGCCCGUCACCAACCUCACUCUUGCUGAGCCCGCGUUCGCAUCUCUCGAGGACCGCCUCGGCUCGAACGACGUCAAGCACGCUCGGCCGGCGAGCAAGCGCAUGUCGUCCGCGACGUGGGACCUCCCGCCAGCGCUCUCGCACUCUCGCAACCCUGCAGACGAGGACGAGCUGGACCGCAUGAUGCGCGCGCUGGCUCGAGGCAGCGAGACGGACGACGCGAAGAAGCGGGAGGCGAGGAGGAAGACUAUCCACGCUCAGCUGCUCAAGCAGUCGGCAUCCUCUCCGAGCGCGUCUUCACCCUCGCUGUCCGUGCCCGACUCGCCUAGGACGCCGCGCUCACCACAGGAAGAGGCGUUCGAUCGGGCUCUGUUCGACGGGAACACCCUGCGCAAGUCACUUGGCGCGACCUUGCUGUCAGAAGACGCGUCAAGUCGCAGGUCGUCCGCCACGCCGACACUCCGUCCAGGCCAGGUUGAUACGCUCAUCGGCGACGAUGGCCUUCGGCCCGUCGGCUUUUCCGAGUCUCACGAUCCGCCGGUCAUCGCGAACGGCCUCGCUGGGUCCGUGAGCGAAACGAGCAGCGAGGUGUCGAGCUUGCCGUCCUUCCCUGACGUCCCGACAACCUCGUACUCGCCAGACUAUCCCUUCGCCGGCCGAAGCGCGGUCAUCAACGCUCCGCCUAUCGCCCUCCAACCAGCAGACGACGCAGUCGAAGAGCUCGCCUUCGCCCUGCAGCGAAGAGCCCCUCACGUAUCCGCUUUCACCGACAACCGCCUCAGCCUCGCCUCCGAGUCAGGGCAGUCGCAGUACCACGACGCGGAGGACGACUCGGUUCAUGUCAGCUUCCACGAAGUGCCAGUCGCGCCGGUCGCGCUCGCCUCGGUCGAUGGGUCGGACGAUGCGGAUGGUCGCGAGAAGACUCGCGAGUGGGUCAUGGAGACGCUGGCAACUGGGAUCGUGCAAGGUGCUGCGGGCCGGACGCUAGGCGACAUUGCCGAGGCAGACGAGGAGGAAAUUCGCCGCCGCUCGCGCGAACCCUCGAGCCAAUCAGCCUACCGCACUCCGCCAACAUCAUCGACAUCAGUCUUCCCCUCGCCUCUACGCUCGAUGGGCAGCAACGGCAGGUCGCGCGAAGUUUCAGCCGGCUCGUCGAUGAGCGUCCCCGUCUCGCCUCGAGCGAGGCGCGACAUCUCGCCAGUCCCCUCCGUCCGCUCCGCCGCCUCAUCCGCCGCCGUCUCGUACACCGCUCCGACACGAAGCAGCAACGGGCAAAGCAAGUCCAAGUUUGCGCUCGGCAAGAAGCUCGGGUCGUUCUUCUCGGCCAACUCGUCGUCCUCGUCGCUGCCGCUUCGUACGUCCGGCGGCAUCAGCUCGCAGGAUGUCGUACUCGGCGAGUCGUUGUACGAGCGCGACCUUACGGCCCAACGCGUCCCGAACGACUCGGCGGUCGAGGUGCUGGUCACCUCGCCCGAAGGCACGAAUGCCCAUCCGUCAGAUCCCGCGCUGGAGGGCGACGCCGGGACCCUUAAGGACCUGCUCAACCGAUUCAAGGAGGAGGAGAAGGAGCGGUUGAGGACGAUUGCAGCGGCGAGAAGUCGAGUGGUGUCCGCCGAGUCGUCUGUAGACGCGGGCGUUCCCAUCGCGGCGUAG